AUGACUCUGAUUCAUUGUUACUGCAUCAAGCCAGUUAUCAAUUUGGCUACACCAUUUACGAUCCUCAUCUUUAGUGUCCUAAGCACUGCAUCAAGCCAGUUAAACAGACUAUCAACCUUCAAGUACCUAAGCACUGCAUCAAGCCAGUUAACGGUCACUGUCUCAACCCACCUAAAAUUGACCCAGCUAUUUACGCCUCCUCCCACAAACGACCACAUUAUCAACCGUUGGUAUUUGGCUGAACCGUUGACCGUGGAGGAUAAUCGUGCUUCUGAAAAGCAAGAGCGAAGCACAUGCGUAAGUCACAAUGCGGUCAACAUGGCAGAUACCAAGUCCUCCCAUGGGCUUGCUGCAACAGAAGUUGGGAUGAUCAACUGCACAAGGCACGAUAUGAAGCUCCCAAACGGAGUUGGAGACCUGCAGAAGGGUGAACGGCCCACGUCGAUAAGUGUCGCACGAACUUCUCUUUCAACUGGUCGAGGUACAUGGGCUGAACAGAUGGCGAAGCCCCUGAAUGGGGCUGGUCCAAUAUAA